AUGACAAUUAAAAAGGAAGAGCAGCAACAGCCAGAGCUACAAGCAACAACAACCGUUAGAUCAUCACCAUCGGAUCUAACGGCGGAGAAGCGUCCAGACAAGAUCAUAGCAUGUCCGAGAUGCAAGAGCAUGGAGACUAAGUUCUGUUACUUCAAUAACUACAACGUUAAUCAACCAAGACACUUCUGUAAAGGUUGUCAGCGUUAUUGGACCGCCGGUGGAGCUCUCCGGAAUGUUCCCGUCGGCGCCGGUCGCCGUAAAUCCAAACCUCCGGGCCGUGUCGGUGGAUUCGCCGAGUUGCUUGGGGCUGCGACUGGAGCAGUCGAUCAGGUCGAUCUUGAUGCUUUGCUAGUGGAAGAGUGGCGAGCAGCGGCGUCUCACGGUGGUUUCAGGCAUGAUUUUCCGGUGAAGAGACUUCGUUGCUACACCGAUGGUCAAUCUUGUUAA